UUCGGAGGGCAUCGGUCAAAAAGAAAAGGGAAUAAUAAGGAAGAAAAAGGGUUAGAAGAACUCGAAUAAAUCAUACAACAAAUCAAUUAAUUGUUCGCUCUCUUCUAGUGAUUUCCUUGAACCGUAAAUCCGCAAGCAACUGCAAUGAUAUCAAAUCCACUGGGUUUGUGUUUAUGCUUCAAAAAGACCCGAAACCAUUCAAUUCCAAAGAUCAUCGCCUAAAUUUAACCUCCAAAUUAUAUUAAUCCUCACUCUCUUCGCUUUAUUAACAAUCUUAAUCACUAUGGGGAAGCGCAAGCGAGGCUCUGAUCAGACCCACCACGAUCCUCCUCUUCAUCUCUCCGGUAUGGUUCCUUUUUCUAAUCAAAUGGAUGUACGAUCGGAAGAGCAGGAUCGGAGUCCUGCCCGUCCAGUAUUCAUGAAGCGUUCACGUCAUCAGUACAGCCAUCAAUAUUGUCGGAGAGGUUCAACCAGUCAUGCAAAUGCAUCUAUGUCCCGUGAAAACCGAGUCAAAACAGUACUUGAAGAACGACCCGCUUUUAAAUUUGCUGCUCAUUGCAAUUCAGAGUUUCCAGACCAUAUAGAGAGCAUUGAGAAAACCUUUUGGGGUCCAGAAAGGAUAAGGUACAAUUCCUUCGGGAAGGAUGCAUUUUCAUCUCAUGGAAUGAGAAUGGUAUGUGGGAUUUGUCAGAAGCUGAUGAGACGAAAGCUUUGCUUUCUCGGUAACACACUUUCUUCCAGCGAACUCCCCGUUGCUGCGGUUUUGGUUUGUGGCCAUGUCUAUCAUGCAGAAUGUCUGGAGAACAGGUCAAAUGUCGAAGAUAGAAGCGAUCCACCUUGUCCAUUGUGCAUGGAACCGCCUCCCGAAGUCGACGAUUCAAAAGGAGGAGAACAAGAAUGAGUUGAUUUGUACAUAUGUUAUCACAUAGCACCAACAUAGGAAAUAGACUUGGUUCUGACUUGAAUGGGCCAGCUUUUAAAAGUUGGAGUUUUUGCAUCCUCGACUAUUUUUCCAUGAACUAAUCAAUCACUGGUUCUUUCUGGAUGGCUGUGAUUUAGAAAUAGAAAAUAGUAGCUCUAAAUCACAACCGUUCAGAAAAUAGCGAUAACGAGUCGAAAGGGUACGAGGGUUUGCCCUCCAUGGAUUUCUUUUUGUGUAGAGUUAGAUUGACAAGUGCAAGUCCUCUGUUACCUUUUGGAUGAUUGUUAUGAUCUUGCAGUAGCAGCAGAGGAGUUUAGUUGAGACAUCUUCAUGGUAUUUUGUACUUCUUCACAGCAAUGUCUAAAAUAGUAUAUUUUAGAAAGUACUGAUGUUAGCAAAAGUGUCAUGAAAGUAGAUUUUUGUUUUCCUUUUAGAAAAGAUGGUAAUGAAUGAGUAAGUCAUCUCUUAGUAGAUGAUUUUGUUGAAAAA